AUGACGUCCAGAUCCGGUACUGAAAGCCCAGUUCAAGGAACUAGUACGGGAACGAGGAUAGCGAUAGAGAAUCCGUUACAAGUAGAAGUGUUCGAGCCAAGUCGACAACCAUUAAUUCGAUGGUUACAGCGACUGGAAGGUGCGUUCCGUGUUUUCCAAAUUAGAGAAGAUCCGGAUAAAGUCGCUUAUCUUUUGCAUUUUAUGGGCGUCGAAGCGUUUGGAAUCCUAUGUGACCGGUUAGGAUUGGCUGAUCCAUAUGCACAAACAUACAAUACGUUGGUUGAAAAAUUGAAAGAUUUCUACGCGCCGGAGCCAUUAGAGAUAGCAGAAAUUUACAUUUUUCGGAAACGAAUGCAGAAGACAGACGAGAGUGCACAAGAAUAUAUGGCGGCAUUACAAAAAUUAUCUUUACACUGCAAAUUUGGUAAUUACUUACAAACAGAACUCAGAAAUCAAUUCGUUUAUGGAUUGAAGAACCAGAGGAUUCAGUCAAGACUCUUGGAAACGGCAAAUCUGACGAGGGAUUCGGCUUUAAAAAUCGCAUGCGGCAUGAAGCUGGUAGAUAAAGGAGUAAGCAAAUUAAAAGAAGAAGCGGCUGCGGAAGUAGCAGUGGACCUUGUGGGAGCCCGGUCUAAACAGUUUAAGAAGACGAAGACAAAAGGGGAGAACAAGGGAGUCAAGCCAAACAAGCAUGGAACAAAAGGAGAAUCGCCCGUGAAAUCAAAUUAUUUUACUAAAUCUAAGCGCCGUCAUACAAAUACUAAUAGCGUUACAUGUUUCAGGUGCGGACAGGGCCAUUACGUGACGGCUUGCACUCUUCCUCGUAGCGUUAAAUGUCGAAAAUGCGACGGUUUUGGUCACUUACAGAAAGUGUGUAAAAAAAAGAACCAAACUCACAUGUUGGAGGAAGUGUACAGAAUAGACAUGGUAACUGAACAUCGAGAGCAUAGAGCGGGAUUCACGGUGCAGCUUCAGGUGGAAAAGAAAAAAGUUACGUUUGAGGUAGAGUGUGGUGCCGCAGUCACUUUGGUGAGCCAAACAUGGUUAAGAGAUACUUUGCCAAAUUUAGUUCUGUAUAAGACGAAUUUAAAAUUACAAAAUCCAUUGUUAGGUAGAGAAUGGAUAAACCAAUUGGAUGUAUUAGCUAAAGUUAGAGACAGUUUAAAAGAAAUUACUGAUGUUAAGAUGGUUGAAGAUACCCACCAACAGAGGCUUAAUAAGUUAUUAGAAAAGUAUAACUGUAUAUUGAAAGAGGAAUUUACUAGUAUUAAAAAUCAUAAAGCGCGUCUGAAAAUGAAGCCCGGUGCGGAACCAAUUUUUAUUAAACACCGUACGGUACCGUUUAAGCUAUUAGAAAAGGUAGAGAAAGAAUUAGAAAAUAUGGUAGAAGCAGGCAUAUUAGAGAAAGUUGAAUCGUCAAUGUGGGCAACGCCGAUAGUGCCCGUUUUAAAGAAAGAUGGAAGUGUUCGAAUUUGCGGCGAUUUUAGCGUUACAGUCAAUCCAGCGCUAGUAAUAGAUGAGCAUCCGUUGCCCUCUACAGAGGAACUGUUCGCAUCAAUGUCCGGGGGCACGAUAUUCUCAAAAAUAGAUUUAAAACAGACGUAUUUACAGCUACCAAUGGUAGAAGCUGAUAGGGAUAUAUUAACCUUAAGCACACAUAAAGGAUUAUUCAGAUGUAACCAAAUGAUGUAUGGAGUGGCAUCCGCGCCUGCCAUUUGGCAGCGUACAAUAGAAAGCAUUCUAAGUGGAUUAGAAGGAGUAGCAGUGUUUUUAGAUGACAUUCGAAUUGCAGGGAAAGAUAUUGAACAACAUCUCAAGCGGUUAGAAUUAGCACUUAAACGAUUAGCGGAGUAUAAUAUACGCGUGAAUAUAGAUAAAUGCGCUUUCUUGAAAGACCAGAUCUCUUAUUGCGGGUAUACAGGGUGA